CACCCCGGCGAUAAGACAUCUCGCCGAAAGCCGACCGCCCAGAUGGAAGAGCCGCCGCAGCCUGCACCCAAGAAAGACUGGUCGCAUCUCCCGACCGCCAGCUUCAACGUCGAGACAGGCACAUGGUCCAAGCUCAAUGACGAUGGCGUCCGCUACGAAUGGGACGACGACAAGCAGGCCUGGUUCCCAAUGUGGGACGAAACUCUGAUCCAGUCACAGCAGUCGGCAUACAAGAUCGAUGGCGUCGAGGAAGAGGAACCUGCCGCCCGGCCCCGCGACAAGCGCAAAGUGGUGUAUACCGGACUCGACCAAGGCGACGACAGCCAACACCAGAAAAAGCCAAAGCCAGAGGCAAAGAAGCCACCAAACACAUCCAUCUACGUCACCGGGCUGCCUCCCGACACCACCGUCGACGAAAUGAAGGACUCGUUUGGCAAAUACGGCAUCAUCAUGGAAGAUCUGCUCACGGGCCAGCCGCGGAUCAAGCUCUACAAGGACCAAAACGGCAACCUCAAGGGCGACGCCUUGGUCACAUAUUUCAAGGAGGAGAGUGUCGCCCUGGCCUGCAAUCUGAUGGAUGAGGCCGAGUUUCGGUUUGGGGAGGCGUCCAAGAUUCGGGUCCAGCCGGCUGUGUUUGAGGCGAAAGAAAAGCAGCCGCUGACAGAGGAGCAGAAGGCUGCAGCCGAGAAGAAACGACUUGAUAAGCAGCGGGCCAAGAAGCAAAUGCAAAAGCUCGAAAAGCGCCUGGAUUGGUUCGACGACGAGGUCGGCAAGAAAACAGAAAAGCUUGCCAAGACCAUCAUUCUGAAGCACAUGUUUACCCCGAAGGAGAUUGAGGACGACCCGACCCUCCUGCUUGAUCUGAAGGACGAUGUCCGCGACGAGUGCACGCUGCUGGGCGAAGUUACCAAUGUGGUCCUCUACGAUAAAAGCGAGGAUGGCGCCAUGAGCGUCCGUUUCAAGGAUGCAGAAAGCGCCGAGCUGUGCGUUGCACGUAUGAAUGGCCGGUUCUUUGCCGGGCGCCGCAUCGAAGCCUACCACUUUGACGGCAAGGAAAAGUUUGAAAAGUCCAAAACCAAGGGCGAGAGUGAGGAGGAAGAGAAGCAGCGAAUCGAGGCAUACGAGAAGUGGCUUGAGGACCAGCACUGAGCAGCGCCGAGCAGCGCCGAGCAGCGCCGAGCACUGCAGGACAUGUCCGCGGGCCCAGCAUCGUGGUCCCGCCCUGCCCAUGUGCAAGAAC